CGGCAGCAGAAUAAAGUAUUAGUGAUCCCUCCCCCUCCCCAGGAAGUGGAAAGGGUUGAGCUGUUCCUGCAGGCUGAAUAAAGCAGUUUUAAUUCACUGCUAUCCUGAGUGUGACCCAUCAGCAGACUCCUUGCGUUUCUUUGCCCCCGGUGUUGCGCCUCUGCUGCGCCAGCCUGAGACUCUGCGCCUAUAACACAGGCAACACGGUCCAGGGAGUAUGUUACCAAGUUGAUUGCUGCAGUAUGAACACUUUAAUGAAUAGCUUCUUAGAAUGCGGAUACUUCAUAUUGAAUAGAACUCUGGGAAGAGCUUAGAAAACAAACUCCUUGCGGACUACAACAAAUAAUGAGUGGCCAAUGAUCCAUCGGAAUUGAUCCCAGCAUCGACUGUCCUCUGUUUUUUUUUCUGCCAAAUGAGAUGCGGUGGCACUUACGCACAAUCUAUGCCUAAUGCCUUGAAGAACAAAUUGGAACGCGGGGAAGCCUCAGUGCACCUUAAGAAUCCCCUCAUAUGCUUCUUGCUCUUGGUGCCUGAGAUGACAUUAGUAGAUAUUCUCUGAUCCAGAAGAUAUUCUCUGAUCCAGAGGGGGGUUCAUGUGCAUAUCUGUGUAUGAGGAUAUGUCAAGCUACGCUAAUGUUUCAAGCAGACCUAACUUUUUGGAAGAUCUCUACACAAAGAAAGGACGGGACUCCCACAUCCUUCUGUGAGAAUAAAGGAUUCAGCCUAGCAGAUUAAUACAGCCCUCUGUCUGCUGCCCUUUCUGCAUUUAAAGAGAAUAUUUACAAAAAAGAAAAGUGUUCUUUUAAUGAAAUGUAAGAUGACAAGUUGUUGGUGACAGUCAGAUUUCAGUCAGACUCCGCUGCUAUUGUUUGUGCUUGAUGCACAUGUUUCUGCACAGUGCGUACAGGAAACACAAGAAGAGAAUCCAAAACGGCUGCAGGAGAAGAAUCGCCAAACAUGCCCACAGAAACACUACAGACAGGUAGCAUGGGGAAACCUGUUAGCCCAGCAGUUACUUUCACAUCUGCUGUCCCCCUCCGAAUCCUCAACAAAGGACCCGACUACUUCCGUAGGCAGUCCGAGCCUAAUCCCAAAAGGCUCAGCGCAGUGGAGAGACUAGAAGCUGAUAAGGCAAAAUAUGUCAAGAGCCAAGAGGUUAUUAAUGCCAAACAAGAACCUGUAAAGCCAGCAGUCCUUGCAAAACCUCCCAUUUGCCCCGGAGCCAAAAGAGCUCUCAGUAGCCCAACUAUGAAGAUGUUCAACAACAAUACAAAGACUGAAAGCUGUGUACAAAGAGAAAAUUUAAAGCUAGAAAUACUUAAAAACAUUAUUAACAGUUCUGAAGGCUCUAGUACAGGGUCCGUGCAUAAACAAAUUUCUCGAAAUUGGCCUCCAAACAGGUCCGACUCCGCUGACCUCAGUCGGCAUUCUUUCUCAGAAUCCUUGAAAGUCUACCCUACACAAACACACGGCAGCCCUCAAGACAGCAACUCCAACAUCAGCAGGAGGUUUCUGGAAAAGAGAACCGAUACUUUUUUACAUGUUUCUCACAGUUCCUCAGACAUUCGGAAAGUAACCAAUGUGAAACAGAUCAAAGCAAUACCAUGCAGCAGCUCGGCCCCGCCGCUGCCUCCUAAACCCAAGCUUGCCCCUCUUUCUACCUUAAAGUCACCAGAAAAUGACAAUUUGGAGUCUGGAUGUGGCGUCAGUCGGAGGCCUUCACUGCAACGGUCCAAAUCGGAUUUAAGUGACCGAUACUUCCGAGUCGACGCAGAUGUGGAACGAUUCUUUAAUUUCUGCGGACUGGAUCCUGAAGAGCUUGAAAACCUUGGAAUGGAGAAUUUUGCAAGGGCUAAUUCCGACAUCAUUUCUUUAAACUUUCGCAGCGCAAGCAUGAUCAGCUCGGACUGUGAGCAGUCUCAGGACAGCAACAGUGACCUUAGGAAUGACGAUGCCAAUGACCGCGUCCCCUAUGGCAUCUCUGCAAUUGAAAGGAAUGCCAGGAUCAUCAAGUGGUUGUAUAGCAUUAAGCAAGCCAGAGACUCCCAGAAAGUUUCGCACGUGUAAGAGCGAGCCAGCUGUGAUGCAACGAGAGAGACUAGAACUUGUGUCUGUGAAUAGUCAGUUGUGAAGGGUUGUUAAGUCUACUUGAAGUCUUUGUAAACUUUCAGACUGCUCUGUGUUGCUUGUUGUGCAAUGUUUUCAAGUUGCAUGCCUGUCAACAGGUAAACUGACCUGGCUUCCACUUGAACAAUCACUACAAAGCCUACUUUUAAUAUGCUCACUUGCUGCCAAAAGUUCUAGACCCAAGUCCAGUUCAAGGCUUUGUGUCCAUUUAUUUUCGACUACACUGUUUACAUGACAAUGAAGGGUAGAUCUCAUUUCCUUAGAAGUCAUUCCAGUCUUACUUUGGCUUAUACACACACACAAACACACACUUUCGUAGCUAUUCAAUUGCAAACUGUCAGGUGUUUGUUUUCGUUCUUUAAAACAACACUAAUAAUAAUAUAUUUAGUCCAAAAGUAGUUUUAUCUUCUAGUUGUUCUUUUCUAUAUGGACAAUCGUUAAAUAGGCCUUAGUCUGGGACAGAAAAAAAAAGCUUUGGGCUCUUCAGCUUGGCUGAACUAAGGGGUAACCAACAUCAUUUGCCCUCAUUGGCGUAACUAUAGAGGAAGCAGACCCCACAGUUGCAGGGGGCCCGGAGGAAAAAGGGGGGCCUGGACUGUGGGGUCUGCUUACUCUAUAGCCAACAAGAACCCCAUCCCCAGCCGCUCUGUAACCUGCAGCAGGGAAGCAGAGAGCAUUGGCAUGGGGAGGAUAGUGGGCGGUGUCGGGGAGAGGGCGGAGUCUGGUCAGGAAGUGGGUGGGAGGAUGGGGAUCAGAGUGCGCUGGUCCCAACGCACUCUAGUUACGCCACUGUUUGCCUUAGUACCUUAACCCAUAGCAACCAACUGAAUUGGAUUGUUCACAGCUGAUUGGGUGUUAUAGGUUUCAGGACUAUAAUAGGUUAUUACAUCAAUGCUGUUGAAUGAACCUGCUAGGAAUUGUAGCCCGGCAGUAGAUGGAGCCUCACAGGUUGAUGAUUAGAAGUAUAAAGGUCUGCUGGUAGAACUGUUCUGUUUACCACAUUU